AUGGUGGCCACGAAGCACGAUGAGGCCGACUCCACCACGUCGCCGGGCCCCGCCGUGGGCGUCGCCGCGCCGCCACGUUGGACGGUGCUCAACCCUGCGGUCCGCGGCGCCACCCCAGCUGACCCACGCUACGGCAAGGUCUGCAUCUGCCACCCCCGCGCUCCUGGUGGCCCCGAGCCUUCACACCCGCGCCGGCGACACGACAGCGGAGAUAAGCCUUUGAAAAAUCCGCUUGCAUCGGAUGCGCGCCAGUGCGGCAUGUGUGUGACGGCGCGCGCGCCCUCUCUGUUGCAGAUCCGCGGCCACCAGCGCGCGCCGUCGGGCUCGCGUGAGUUCAAGGAGCUGACGAAGCGCGACGCGCAAGUGCAGCUGCAGCAUGAGCUGGACCGGCUGCUGGGCUCCGCGCCCGAGGCGCACCGCGCGCUCGCCCAGGGCCAGCUGGAUGGCUUCGCGCGCCUCUUCGACCGCUUCCUGCGCGACGAGGGGCCCUCCGUGCAGUGGGAGAACAUCGAGCGGCUGCCCGAGAACGCCGUGUGCGACUACAACUCACUCGUGCAGCCUUCUACCGACCUGGCGCGCUGCAUGCUAGAGAAGCUGGUGGUGGUGAAGCUGAACGGCGGUCUGGGCACCUCCAUGGGCUGCCACGGGCCCAAGUCCGUCAUCCCGGUGCGCUCCGACCUCACCUUCCUCGACCUCACCGUGCAACAGAUUGAGCACUUAAACAAAACAUACAAAGCAAAUGUGCCAUUGGUUCUUAUGAACUCCUUUAACACUGAUGAGGAUACUCAGAAAAUUAUUCGUAAAUAUAAAGGUCUUCAGGUUGAAAUCUAUACCUUCAACCAAAGCUGCUAUCCUCGCAUAAACCGUGACUCUCUGUUGCCAGUUCCAAAAACAUGUAAUGUCAAUGAAAAUAUGGAUGCAUGGUACCCUCCUGGUCAUGGAGAUUUCUACUACAGCUUUCUAGAAUCUGGUUUAUUAAGGAGAUUCUUGGAAGAGGGGCGAGAAUAUUGUUUUAUAUCCAAUAUUGACAACCUUGGAGCAACAGUAGAUCUAAACAUCCUGAACUUUUUAAUGGACCCAUCGUCUGGAGAACCUGCACCAGAAUUUGUAAUGGAAGUUACAGAUAAAACACGGUCUGAUGUGAAGGGAGGAACUCUUAUUCAGUAUGAGGGUAAAUUGCGAUUACUGGAAAUUGCUCAAGUUCCCAAAGAACAUGUUGAUGACUUCAAAUCUGUAAAAACUUUCAAGUUUUUCAACACUAACAACCUGUGGAUGAAAUUAGACGCAAUUAAACGAGUUUUGGAUAACAACACACUUAAUAUGGAAGUUAUUGUGAACAACAAAUCAUUGGAAAAUGGUCUUAAUAUUAUUCAAUUGGAAACUGCUGUGGGAGCUGCAAUGAAGUGCUUUGACGGAGGACUUGGCAUUAACGUUCCCCGGAGUAGGUUCUUACCUGUCAAAAAGACACAAGAUUUGUUGCUUGUAAUGAGUAAUUUGUACAGUCUCCAGCAUGGCUCCUUAGUAAUGAGUCCAGAGCGCAUGUUUCCUACAACUCCAUUCAUCAAGUUGGGUGAUAAUCAUUUUGCUAAGGUUAAAGAGUUCCUCUCUCGAUUUGCAAACAUUCCAGAUCUUAUGGAAUUGGAUCAUUUAACAGUUUCUGGAGAUGUUACUUUUGGAAAAAAUGUUUCACUCAAGGGCACAGUUAUCAUCAUUGCCAAUCAUGGUGAUAGAAUUGACAUUCCUUCGGGUUCUGUGUUGGAAAACAAGAUUGUGUCUGGCAACAUGAGAAUACUUGAUCAUUAAAAUGGCCUAGCUGAAGUUAAAAGAAUCCAUUGAAAGCCUACCUUGAAAAGGGAAGCUUAGACUGGUAGACCAGAUAAGGUCUUUGAAAUACCAGAAGCACAACAGGUAUACAUUUUCAGAUGGACAACUUAUUCUUUGUAGUUUUUUGAUUCAUUUUUAUAUCAUGGGUGUUUAUUUUUUUAAUGCAUUUGUGGAUAACUUAUUUGAAUUAUGCUUUAUAGUAUUGGUUUUCUGCUGUAAAUGAAUUGUAUAAUUGUAAAGACAAAAGUUUUAUGUAGUUUAUAAUAAAUUUAAUCUGUAAAUAUAAUAUUGCGUUAGAAAUGCCCAAUGUUUCCUGUGUAUCUAUUUUUCAAGUACCUUCAAUUAUAUUGCAGGAGAUAGUAGCUGUCACAUGUUCAUGUUGGACAAUAUCUUAUUGAUUUUACAUGUGCCAAACAUUUACAGUCCUCAAGGAUGAAGGUACCAUUGCCUUCACCUUCAUAGUUGUAUAUAGAUGCAACAAAUGCAUCAGUUCCAAGUUCCAGCUCUUCCAAGACUAAUUCAAGUAUUUAGCAUUUGAUUAACAUGUGACGAAAAUCAGCCAUUUAUGUUCUCCAGAAUAAAAAUAAAAGCUAGCAAAGCCAAUCAC